AUGUCUGAUAGUCUUUAUUCGCAAAGCCCAACAAAAGAGUCAAACUGGAAGCAAGAUUGAACAGAUGAUAGGGAGAAGUGAAAUUCAGCUCUUGAUAGGCCCGUUGGCUUAAACUUGAGAGGAAUUAACAACUUAAAAGCUCAUGAUCCAACUGAAUCUGGAUUUAGGUAUUCUAAGUCCCAAAAGAUCCUCUUCCAGCAGCCUAGUCACAGGAGGCAGUCUGCCGAGUGCUCCAGGUGGGAUGAAGAUAAGGAAACCAGGAGUUAUAUUAUUGAUAGUGGUAUAAAACCUACUACUAUGAUCAACGAUGAUGAUACCUCUACUGGAGGAGCUUACUCUCUAAGUAUUCAGGAAGGAAGCCGCAAAUUCUGCAAAAGAGUUGAUAGAAUAGAAGAACGCUAUCCCUAUACCAAACCAGACAGUAAUGGUCUAGUUAUGAAGAGACUCUCAUCCCUUGAAGACCUCGUCUGGAAGCUUUAUGAGGAACUUGACUCCAAAAUUCAGGAUAUUUUUGAGGAACAUAAUAACAAAUUCAGAGAGCAAAACGACAUUAUCAAGAAUAUUUUCCAUGGCUUUGGGUCUGAGAUAAAGAAUAUUAAAGAAGAAGUUCAGGUGAGUAGCCAGAAACUCUCUCAAAGAAGCUCCCCUCCAGAUAUCUCCUACAUUGAAGGAAGCUCAGAGAUGAAAUCGAGCGGCUCAGCUAAUUCAAGCGUUAAUGAGGGAAAAAGAUGCCUGAAAUAUCUCACAGUUAAUGAAGAAAUUAGCGACGGAAACACAUUGGAGAAGGUUAUUGAAGAAGCUAGCAAGGAAUGAAUUACUGACAAUAAGGAGGAUAGUGAUAAGACGAUUACAUUUCCCUCAAAUAUUAACCGCAACAGCAUUGAGAAUCAGGAGAAUAACAAUACUCUUUCCAAUACUCAGGAGUCUAACCUCUGCGUAGCUAAUGAAAAAAGCCCAGUCGUCAUGAUGACUAAUCUGAAGGGACAAAUGAAGAAGGGUGAAGAAAGCCAAGAAUCCAGCGAACAGUUAGAUAUUUAUUUCAGUUGACAUGAACGGAUGGUUAACGGUGACUAUUUUGACUGUGAUAAUAGUGAUUAUAAAGUUAACCCUGAACAGCGCAUUCUUGACUACUCCUCGAUUAGAGGCUCUAGGGAUAUUGUUACAAUGCCAGAGAUGAACAGGAGUACUCUAAUGGACCAGAUAGAUUAUGAUCUUGAUGGUUAUAAAAUUAAUGAAAGCUCAAUGAUAUCGAACUCUAUCGAUGCCUCAAAGCACUGAAUCCCCAAACAAGCUUUCUGUAGGGUGAACGCUAGUUUGGAGAACGUUGAAGAUGUCCAGCCUAAAUUUAUGGGUUUCUUAAAUGAAAACCAGCCACAGGCCAGUCAUAAAUCUGAAAGAGUGCAAAAAGAGUCUAUAACAAUGCUUCAAGCGAGCAGUUCUGUUUCAAAUAUGUUAAUGAAGCAGCUCAGCUUCAGAAAUUCUAACCAAAGCUAUACUAAAUCAAAGAGAAGCAGCCAGCAUAGCUCUAAGGCUAAUACUAGCUCUCAACAUCACGCUAAAUACAGCCGGAACACCAGGAGAAAUUGCCACCUAAAAGAGUCCCAAACUUAUGAAGGAAGGCAAGAAGUGGUGCUAAUCAGACCUAAUAGGAAUGGAAGCAACAAAUUUGAGACUAAGCCUAUCUUAUCUAGUGGGUCUUCUGAAAACAUGUCAGAUUUUAACUACAGACCUUCUAGAUGAGUGAAUAAUUAACGACACAAUUUUAAUUAA